GUAACGCUGGUUUCAUACUACUUCCGCCACACCGCGACGGCAAAAAUCCAAGAUCUAAAUCUGUAACGUAGGUGUAUUAAGAACGGAUUUGAACCUAAUAUGUUUAGAUCAGCCACAGGGAAAGCUGGUUGACCAUGGACAGAGACUUGUUGAGGCAGUCUCUAUCCUACCAUGGGGAAAGUUUACUCUCCCUUAUGACAUGUGAACAAAAUGAAAAUCCUGACUUCACUGCAAUUGCAUCUGACCUUGCCAAAGGAGUCUGUGAGAGAAAAGUAGCAGAUGCAAACAGCUCCACCAUUGUGGAACAGUUCAUUUCAAGGAAAGCAGACUUGUUAUUUGCCCCUUUGUGGAAAACAGCAGAGCCAGUGGAACAUCAAUGGCAGGAAGAAUCCUGUGAACCCUAUGCUAUCAUGCCCCCUCUGGAACAGUUUAUGGACGUUCCCUUUGAAGAAAGGAGGGACAUAUUCUUCAGGGAUGUAGAACGUGGGGAUGUCAUAAUUGGACGGAUCAACUCCAUCAGAGACUUUGGGUUCUUUAUCACCCUAAUAUGUACUUACGGUGAAAUUGAGAGGGACAUUGAGGACCUGGAGCUAACAGCCCUUUGUCCCAUAAGGGAUGUCCCAUCCAAUGGGAAUCAUGAUGACCCUCUUUCUUAUUAUCAAGUUGGAGAUUUGAUAAGAGCGGGACUAAAAGAUGUUGACCGGUAUCAUGGGAAAUUGACGAUCUCACUGCACCCCUCAUCUGUUACUUCAAGUCUAAGCAGUCUUAAACUUGGUGUUACUUCCCGAGAGGAUCUUCCUAUUCACUACUGCCGUGGUGACAGGGUUGUCCGUGACAGUAGUGAAACCUACGAGAGAGUCUUGGAAAGUACCCUAGGAUUUUCUAACCCAUCCAAUGUGGACGUCCUUCUUGCAAAGCUGGGAGUCAGUGAGACACAGUGUUGUUCGAUGAUGAGGGGACUACAGAGCAAACAUUUUCAGGAAGAGGAUUUUGCAGCAAAUAUUAGGAAGACGCAGUCUGCAUCAUGGGCUCUUAAAUGCGUAAAGGCCGGGGUUGAUCACUUCAAAUCUGGCCGCCAUGUUGAAGCAAUGAACGAGUACAACAAAGCUCUGGAAAUAGACACCAACAAUGUGGAAGCUCUCGUUGCCAGGGGUGCGCUAUAUGCAACUAAAGGAAGCUUGGUGAAGGCCAUUAGUGACUUUGAAAUAGCCCUGGAGAGCUCCCCAACACACAGGAAUGCAAAGAAGUACCUCUGUCAAACCCUGGUAGAACGUGGAGGCCAACUGGAGGAAGAGGAGAAACUCGUCUCUGCAGAGGGACUGUACAAGAAGGCCUUGGCACUGGAUGAGCACUUCCAGGAUGCUAACGAAGCCUUCAAGAAACUUCAGAUGCGCAUCCAGAAAUCGCUUAAACUGAAAGAAGAAGAAGCAGCAGCAAAGGAGCUGGAAAAGAAUAAGGAUGUGGAGACAAGUGCAGAAAAAUUGCGUAAGAUCUUAAAAGAGGAGAAAAGGAUGAAACGUAAAAGAAAGAGGUCUUCCUCCUCUUCAUCUACGUCUUCCAGCUCCUCUUCCUCAAGUUCUUCCUCAUCCUCCUCUGCCCGGAGAAAAUCCAAGAAAAAGAAACAAAAGCGCAGGCGUUCGUCUCACAGCGAGAAAAAACGCCACAGGAGAACCUCGUCUUCACGCCGUGGCCGUCUCUCAGACGAGGAAGGGAGAGAAAAAGAGGGAGAUGAUGAUGAUGAGGAGGAGUGGUACCCAGCACCAGCCAACACCACCUCCUCAUUCAUGAACCUGAAGCACCCAGUGUCUGGGAUAUUUGAGGAUGAUUUCCCCCAGGCUAAAGCGAAGAGGUCCCUCUCGUUGGGUUCGUCGUCCACUGUGGAUGUCCUGGAUGACAGCAGAGGUAGGUUUGAGGACGACCCAUUUGAAUCCGGCCCCACCGAGCCCGCCAAGGUGAGGGAGCCCCGUCGUGACAGGCCAUCAGGAUCAAAGUCGAAAGACGGUGAUCUCAAUGGCCGAGAGCAAGGGCCCUCUGGCGACCACGGGAGACCAGAGGCGGGGCCCAGUAGCAGACGGGACCCUGCACGCAGUGGCCCCGAGGGCCCUGGCCACAGGAAGUACUCCUCCUCCUCGGCAGCCAGCUCGGAGUAUGCCCGUAAGUCUGAUCGGCAGUCUCGGGAAUUUCCUGCACCUGUGCAUGUGGAUGUCUUGUGCCGACACGACCGCUCUGAGAAGAGCGAGAAAAGGGAACGAAUGCGAUCAGAAGAUAACGGUCAAGAGGACCUCUCCCAGAAUGGUAGGAGAAGCUCAGAGGGAGGCCCAAAGAAAGAUCUGCCUUCCAACCUGCAGUCUAUUUUCAGUCAGAUCGCCCAGUUUGAAAAGGAGAAAAGUGUCAAACACAAAAAAUGAAUGCCGAGUUUUCAUUGGUGUCAGCUGUCGUAAGUCUUAUGGGAAGAGGGAACAAACCUUAGGGACGUAGUGGGUUAAAGCUCCACAGCUUGUGUUUCUCAGUGUCAGUAUGUAACAACAACACAUCUUUAAAUGCAAAGCACAAUGCCUUAAAAUAAUCUUUGACUGUUAGAUUGAAUUUGCAAAUUCUGUUUCAUGAAAUUGUUUUAUGACCUUAUAAUUAGGUCAUUCAUAUGAUCAUCAUCAAUGGUAUGUGUUGUCUGCUAGCUUGUAAUUUCACAGUUUCUGGUUAAAGGAUAAUACACACUCAUGCACAAAAACCGCUGUAUAUGUGCCAAGUGCCACUGUAUCAUCUGACAGCUUUAGAAUUUCAUGUUGUUGUAUACAUACAUGAUACAUAGAUAUAUGGUUUGGAUCAAUAAAGCCAUUUGAGAGUC